UUUUAAUAACUUUAAUAACUGCAUGUGGUAACGCCCAUAAACAUGGCCGUCAGAGUUGCUCUUGUUGGCUGUGGACGGAUUUCACGCGUUCAUCUGAACUCUCUGCUGGCACUGAGGGACCCGUCACUGGUCAUAUCAACAGCAGUGGAUCCUAAUGUAGCUGCAGCUCAACAAACAAGACAGCUCUUGCCUGCCCCUCAAGAAUGUAAGGUGUAUGGUAGUGUAGAGGAAGCAGGAGAUGAUAGUUAUGAUGCAGCUGUUAUAAUGGUACCACAUCAUCUUCACGUUGAAAUAGCUAGAGAGGUUUUAUCAAAAGGGAAGCAUGUCUUAUUAGAGAAGCCAUUAGCUACCAGUAUUGAAGGAUGCAGGGAGCUCUUAGCACUAGUACAAAGCACUGAUAGAGUUUUUAUGGUAGCGGAGAACUCACCUCACUGGCCUGAAGUUGCUCAUGCAGUGAAUUUGAUUAAAGAGGAAGUGAUAGGAGAUCCUUAUUAUGCUCAGGCUAAUUAUUGGGAGGCUGUUGGACACUCUGAUUUCAAUAAUGGAGACGUUGCUGAAUGGAGAUUUGAUCCUUCUCAAGUUGGUGGAGGUGUGGUCAUGGAUGGAGCUAUUCACUGGAUGAGACCUUUAAGACUGUUUUUAGGUGACAUUAGUAAGGUUGUCAGUACGAUGGCGUAUCCAUGGGAGUCAGUCAAAGGAGAGUCCUUGGCUGAUGCUCUCAUUCAGUUUAAAAACGGAAGAACUGGUCUCCUUCACUGCCACACUAACAUCAUUCCAAUGGAAAAGAUCCCGUUCUUUCAAAUAUUUGGAACCAAAGGAGAGAUUACAAUCCAUGGUAGUUUUGAUGGCGGGCUGUCAGUACAUACAGCUGGUAGGACAGUCUCGGUUAAUCCUGGAGGAUACUUUGGUGCUUUCAAGCCUCAGAUGGCGUCCUUUGUCUCAGCGAUAAAGAAAGGGAAGAGGAUCAGUCCAUCUGACUCUGGGAGCGUCUUGGAAGCUUUUAAAGAUGUUUUAGUGGCAAAUGCAAUUUAUAGAUCAGCUAAGAGUGGAGCCUGGGAAGCAGUGGACAACAAUGAUACUGUAUGAGAUUGACAUUUUAUAUUGUCUGUGAUAAUUAUUUACUAUUUUAUUUACAAAUUACAAUUGAAAGCUUACUGCAGUAGUAGCUUCACUGAUGCUGUGACAUGUGAUGAUGAAUUAA